CUUGAUAUCGUACCUCUCCACCCGGACCUUGCCCGUCUCUCCAGAAACAAGGAUCUCCUCAACAGAAUAAGCUGGGUCCAAGCAAAUUUCCUCGAAGGCCUUCCAUUCCCAAACGAAUCCUUCGAUUUCGUACACAUAAAGCGUAUCGCUCGAGGUGUGCCAGAGGACAAGUGGGACGACCUCUUCGAAGAAAUUACUCGCGUGAUGAAACCAGGCGCAGCAUUCGAAGUCGUCGAAGAAGACCUGACCUUCCCGGGGUCAGAUGGGGAAGGCAGCGAAGUUGGGACCCUGAGAAGUAAAGGAAGUAACAUUUCCUAUGUCCAUCUCCAGUCUAAGCCCCGGGACCGGAUCAGGGAGGAGCAGCGCAGUCGGGAGCACGAGCAGUCCAUCGAGCUCUGUCGGUUCAGCUACCACCCCUGA